CAACGUCGAAUAAGCCAUUCUGAUUCUCGCUCGCUUGGUGGUCGUCGCUGUCAAUAUACAUUUAGUUCUGGUGAAUUAGCAAAUACUUACAAAGAUAAUAAAUAUAUUAAAAUGGUUGUCAAAGCUGUAUGCGUUAUCAAUGGAGAUGCGAAGGGCACUGUUUUCUUUGAGCAAGAGUCGGAAAAUUGCCCCGUGAAAGUUAGCGGAGAGGUGACUGGUUUGGCGCAAGGCUUGCACGGCUUCCAUGUGCAUGAAUUUGGCGACAAUACAAACGGAUGCAUGUCGUCGGGGCCGCACUUUAAUCCUCACCAGAAGGAGCAUGGCGCACCAACCGAUGGCGUUCGUCAUCUAGGCGAUUUGGGCAACAUAACGGCUACUGGCAAUGGACCCACUCCGGUUAACAUCACCGAUAAAGAGAUCACGUUGUUUGGUGCCAACAGCAUUAUCGGACGCACAGUUGUCGUCCAUGCUGAUCCCGAUGAUUUGGGCAAGGGCGGCCACGAGCUGAGCAAGACAACUGGAAAUGCUGGCGCUCGCAUUGGCUGCGGUGUUAUUGGCAUUGCCAAAAUCUAAACGACUUGAGAAUCAAAAUACAUAUUAAUCCAGAAAUAUAUAUUUAAAUAUACUAUUCAUAUAUGAAAUGAAAUUAUCAUUCUAUUGAGUAUAAACAAGCAUAAAAGAUAUUUUUUCCUUGAUGUGUGUGGUAGUUUGCUUUAAGUCCAAAUAAAUGGUGUUAUCAAAUUGAA